AUGCUACGCAAUCGCGCACACUGGAUACGGGUGCUAGCGAUCGUACUGGUGGGUGCAUGUGCAGUCGGCACUGCAUCGCCCGUUUCGACCACGCCGCAAGCCGAGCUCUACCUCUCACAAUUUGGGUAUUUAAGCCCCAAGUAUCGGAAUCCAACUAGCGGGAACCUACUGGAUCAGGACACAUGGGAAAAGGCCAUCAUGGAGUUCCAGAGCUUUGCCGGGCUCAACGUUACCGGCGAGCUGGACGGUGAAACUAUGCAGCUCAUGUCACUGCCACGGUGCGGCGUUAAGGAUAAGGUCGGGUUCGGGUCCGACACACGUUCGAAGCGGUAUGCCCUCCAGGGAAGUCGUUGGAAGGUGAAGGACCUCACCUAUCGGAUAUCCAAGUACCCGAAGCGUCUGGAACGGACGGCCGUAGAUAAGGAAAUAGCGAAGGCAUUCAGCGUAUGGAGCGAGUACACGGAUUUACGCUUCACGCCAAAGAAAAGUGGUGCCGUGCACAUCGACAUUCGGUUCGAAGAGAACGAACACGGUGAUGGUGAUCCGUUCGAUGGCCCAGGAGGUACUUUGGCUCACGCGUACUUCCCAGUGUACGGUGGUGAUGCUCACUUUGAUGAUGCGGAACAGUGGACCAUCGACAAGUCACGCGGCACCAACCUGUUCCAGGUCGCAGCUCAUGAGUUUGGUCACUCGCUAGGUUUAAGUCAUUCGGAUGUAAGAUCGGCCCUGAUGGCACCGUUCUACCGUGGGUACGAUCCCGUAUUCCGGUUGGAUUCCGACGAUAUUCAGGGCAUUCAAACGCUUUACGGUCCGAAGACAAGGAAUGGAGGUGGAAGCGGUAAUGGUGGAGGAGUUGCACCAACUAGGACACCCAGACCAAAGACUCCAAUAGAGCUGGAUUCGGAACUGUGCACGUCUCCGAAGAUUGAUGCCAUAUUCAACACUGCCGAUGGCAGUACCUACGCCUUCAAGGGUGAUAAGUACUACAAGCUGACGGAGAAUGCAGUCGCCGAGGGAUAUCCGAAAAAAAUCGCCGAAGGCUGGCCAGGAUUACCAGGCAACAUCGAUGCCGCAUUUACGUAUAAGAAUGGCAAGACUUACUUCUUCCAGGGUACCAAAUACUGGCGGUAUCAGGGCCGCCAGGUUGACGGUGAUUACCCGAAGGAGAUCAGCGAGGGCUUCACCGGCGUCCCGGACCAUCUCGAUGCGGCAAUGGUGUGGGGCGGCAACGGCAAGAUCUACUUCUACAAGGGCAGCAAAUUCUGGCGGUUCGAUCCACUGAAGCGACCGCCGGUUAAAUCCACCUACCCGAAGCCCAUCUCGAACUGGGAAGGUGUGCCGAACAGUAUCGAUGCCGCACUGCAGUACACGAACGGGUACACCUACUUCUUCAAGGACGACAAGUACUAUCGGUUUAACGAUAGAACGUUCACGGUUGACCAGUCCGAUCCACCGUUCCCGCGACCGACGGCACACUGGUGGUACGGCUGCAAGAACACACCAUCGACCUUCAACACGCUAGGUAAUGUACGAUUGCAAAAAUCCGACGAACAUCCCGACGAUAUCACCAAUUUGAUUCUGGAUGCCGCAGAUACGGACGAUCAACCAGAACCGGACAGCUACAGCGGUAAUGGAGCUUCCACAGUUACUGGCAUCAAACUCAGUAUUACUACGCUUUUGUUUGCUGUGCUGGGCGCGUACCUUGUCAAUCGCUGUUAG